GUAUUUACAAAUUAAUUUUUUAAAACUAGUUUUUAGUAAGAGUUUUACAGUGCUCGCAACUGAAGGUCUUCGGAGCAUGCUGUAUUAACUAUGCUAUGAAUGCCUGAAUGUUAAUGCACUAUCAUAUUCAUGAAACUUGUUGAAACUGUACUUUCCAAUUUGCAGUUUAAGUUAAGGAGAUCAUCAGUUGAAUGUUUGAAUAUUAAUUUCACCAUCAUAUAUUCAUCAAAUCUGUUGAAACUGCACAUUCCAAUUUGCAGUUGAAGGUCAUCAGCUUACCAAAACAAAACAAAUUACUAUUACCAUCAAUGAAACGUAAAACAGAGGUUGAAAGGGCAUCGACCUUAAAAUCUAGAAGGCACAGCCUAGUUAUUUAAGAGAGAUGAAAUCUUUUAAUGCUUUCAUAAGUCAGCUCGAAUCAUUUACGUUUUUAGAUUUGUAAGUCCCAACUCAAUAUAAGGCCAACUAUUCACGUGUUGCUGCUUUUUUUCUGUAAAUGUAAAGCGCUUAUUAUUACUAUUAUUAUUAUUAUUAUUAUCAUUAUUACUAUUACUUUGAUGUGAUAUGGAUAAUGUAUAUUGUAAAACGCAUAGAGGGGAUAUGGGCUACUCAAAUACUAUUUAUCUAUUACACACACAUAUACUCACACACACAGCGCACAUAUUUAUCUCUCAUUUGUCAUAUCAGCCCAGAACAUGUGGGUACGUCACAUUUCUCAGUCUAGUGACAUCUCACAGCUUUUCUCAUUCGCCUUUCAGACUCCGAGAGGGAAGGUCUUCAGCAAAAAAGUCCAAAAAGUCACAAGACAGACAACGAACUCCAGACAGACACAUGAGAUUCGAUUCCCCGGAAGAACGGUCUCGCAGUCGCUUCACGCUCAAGGAUCUCCGUAACGACGCCAACUACAGGCCUAAAAGUUCGGCUGAGCUUAUCGAAUUCCACGCUACCAAGCCUAGCAAUCGCUACAACGACCUACGUCAGACGCUUCACAACAGGUUCAAGGAAGUUCACGACGACAAAGCCAUGACGCUGCACGAUAUUCUGGAGCAGAUGGACAGAGAACGACUCAGCAAGUGCCAGAACAAGUUCAGCAGCCUACAGACACGCUCCAUGAGCCUGCACCGAGCGCUGGAGGAGAUGCGGCGAGACGGGGAAAGGCUGAUCUCAAGACCGGGAGAGGUGCGGAGACAGUCGUCUUUCAGAGGCAACUGGUACACUGACCUACUUCAGAGCAUCCCAUCAGAGAUGAAACAGACCUGGUACUACCGGACGGUACUGCAGAAGCUGGGAAAGUACGGUCUGGUAAGUAUCUCGUAGACAUAUGAUAUCGACUUACCUAUAUUAUUUCUUUGGCGACUCAUGUACACAUCUCUAGUGUGUCAUGAGUGUGUCUCGUGUACAACUCUCACUUACGCUGUGCAUGCAUGCAUGCACU